GCACACUCAUACAUCAGCGAUGUUUCGUUUGUGAAUGAGUCGACUCUUUGACUCGGUUUUUUUAGGUGAACUCUGGGAGUCGACUCGCAAACCUGGGGCUCGCAUAUCACACGCAGAAGAUUCAUUGAUUUUAUUACAAAAAAGAUGCUUUGUAGAGAGGAGGUGAACAUUUAUCAGGAUAACAAGACGGAAUAAAAAGAUAAAAACAGGAAAAAAAACAUCUUAGAAUUCUACUUUUAAAGGCAAUUCUUCUACAAUCUGCUUUUAGACUGUGUGAGCACUAGUGGGUGCACUGUACACUGUACUUCUGUGGUAUUAAACACGCCCCUCGACACGCCCCCACUGUGUACCUGCGCUGUAAUUGGCCGGUGGUCUCUAGGCGCCGGCACGCGCUGCAGCAAACAGUGUGAAAGCAGAGUGCGCGCGCACACUGAGCAGAGAUGACCGUCAGCACUCCGAGAGGAGGAGAGCAGCGCGCGCACAUGGCCUGUUUCAUCAAGAUGGAGAAGGUGAUCGUGUCCAUGCAGGAUCCAGACAUGGGAAUGAAGAUGAGAAACCAGAGACUACUCAUCACACUCAUACCUCACACCAUGACCGGAAGUGAUAUUGUUGAAUGGCUCAUAAAGAAAUAUAACAUCACUGAGGAAGAGGGAUUACACAUCGGAAACCUCUUGGUGAAGUACGGAUACAUUUACCCAUUAAAGGAGCCUCGGAACCUGUGCCUGAGGCCGGACGAGUCGCCUUACCGCUUCCAGACUCCAUAUUACUGGACAUCGAGUCGCUGGCCGGCCACUGAGCUGGACUACGCUAUUUAUUUGGCCAAGAAGAACAUUCGCAAGCAAGGAGAACUGAUAGAGUACGAGAAGGAGUGUUAUAAUACCCUGCAUAAGAGAAUCAAUCACACCUGGGACUUUGUGGUGAUGCAGGCGAGAGAGCAGCUCAGGGCUUCAAAACACCGCCGCAAAUCUGACCGCAUCGUACUGGACUGUCAGGAGCAAGCGUACUGGCUGGUCAACAGACCUCCUCCCGGUACUUUGGAUAUUUUGGAGUUCGGUCCUGAGAGACGGAACAUCACAAACACGCGAGUCCAGCUGAACACAGAAUUCUACAGGAGAGAGAUUGUGCAAAUCAGGAAAAACCUGGAAAGAAGGAAUCGAGUGAAGUCUUCUGUUUGUCUGGAAAGUUUUGUUAAGUACAGUGCGCAGUACCUGAACCAUGACCCCAUAAUGCAAGGCUGCCUUCCCAGCAAUCCCUGGAUCACAGAUGACAUCAUGUUGUGGAAUAUCAACUCAGACAUGGUUGCCAUGCCGACAAAACUCCGUGUGGAGCGGUGGAGCUUUAGCUUCACGGAGCUGCUGAAUGACCCGAUGGGCAAAAAAGAGUUCCUCACUUACCUGGAGAAAGAGUUCAGUGCGGAGAACCUGUGUUUCUGGCAGGCGUGUGAGGACAUGCGACACGGAGAGACGUCCAGAGUCCCGGAGAAAGUGGACGAGAUUUACAAGCAGUACCUCGCUCCCGGAGCCACACAGUCGGUCAACAUCGACGGAAAGACGAUGGCCAUCACUCUGGAGGGGAUGAAGACCCCGGACCGCUUCGUCUUUGAUAGCGCUCAGAUGCACAUCUAUGUCCUCAUGAAGAAGGACUCAUACACUCGCUACCUAAAGUCUGAGCAGUACAAAAGCUUGUUAGCCAAAGCAGUAGUACCACAGGAGACAAAGAAGAGUGUAUUCCCGUGUAUGCGUCGUCAGCGAAAUUCCAGCUACGUACCAGCUCUGAUACAAACUGGGGAUGAAAAUGGAAAAACAAACACUGGAACUGCUUCAUAGAUUUAAACACACACACACACACACAUAUAUAUAUAUAUAUAUAUACAUACAUUUAUUAUAAAGCUUAUUCAGACUCCUGGC